AAAGCUAUAGACACCACAAGUGGUGACGUCUCAGAGUCUGUGCUAGUUUUUACACGGUACUUGGUUCCACUGUGCAGCUUGAUAUUAAUAAGGGGAUCUUAGAUACCUGCAACUUAAAGAGAUGCAGGUGGCGGUGAUAUGACCAUCCAGGUCUCCGCUGUGAUCAUGGAGGGCAGAACCAGAGGCACGGGGAGCAGGCAGCGGCUGACGCUCUGCAGAGCCACGGAGGAGCCCAAAUACCUGGAGACGGAUGGCUGGGAGGGGAACUCAGACAGCAUGAAUCACCUGUCAGCCAGGUCUACAAGCGUCGUCAGAAACAAUGACGUGCAUGGUCUGCAGAUACUAGAGGAGUUGAACGCGAGGAUUAUGCACUUGUCCCGUGGAGUUGUGUUUAACCCUCUGGUGAAUCCCCACGCAGCCCCGGCUGUGAACAGAGACCUCAAGCCUGGCAGGAGGGACACCUCGUUGGGUCAUAUGGAGGAAGUCAAGCACACGCUGCCUGAGGAGCAAAAGGAGCAGCUCAUAGAGGUUCCACAAAGGUCCUCUGGAUCCAUGCUACCCAAGGACCUGGUUCACCACAUCGCUGCACUGAAUCUUCACAGAGCCUCCAGGCGACGAUCAUCAAACGCACCAAGAGGGCUCCUUCAUGGAGAUGAAUGGUAUUCCGGUGCGUGUGACAGAGCCGAGGCAGAGCAUGCCCUCCACCUCGUGAACAAGGACGGGGCGUUCCUGGUGAGGGACUGCUCCAGGGGGACCCACAGUGCACCGUUUGUCCUGGCUGUGUACCAUGAGAAGAAAGUCUACAACAUCAAAAUACGGUUUAUUGAACACAAAAACAAGUAUGCCCUGGGAACAGGACAUAGGGAAAACGACUUGUUCGACACUGUUGAAGACAUCAUCAAAUUUCAUUCCACUUUCCCAAUAGUACUCAUCAACUUGACUACACGAACAACCCAAUCCCCACCCAACUGCAUCUUAACAAACCUGAUCACUAGAGAGGACAUCAACAGGCUACUUCAAUAGCACUGCCCUCUUGUGAUUUAUUUGUUCUCACUCUUGAUGUAUCAAGGCCAUAACUGUUGCAUUCCAUGUGCACCCUGUAUGAUUUCUGCUCAUGCAAUCUGUAAAUAACUUAUUACAAUUUUCUUACUUACAAGUCUUGUUCCCACCCAAUACGUUCCUUUCAUUUUUGUAAGGUUCAGUCCCACUAUUAUUUACUAUUUAGGUAGCCUUUUAUAUGUGAAAUAUGCUGAAUCAAAAUAAUAAAAUCAGACGUAUUUUGAUGAGGUCUGGAAGUACAAUGGGAUCAUGGGAGUCGUUUUCACCACCAUUGCCCGUGAAAAUCGAUCUGAUGUUACUCAGGCAGAAAUCUUGUUCACGUUCAUGUAUUCAAGUUUAAUUCACGUUAUGUUUAGUCACGUUAUGUCAUUUCAUUCUAAUGAAAUUGCAGCAUAUAACAUAACCUCCACUUUGUAACCUAGCAUUAGAUGAGUCGACUACCCAAACAACUCUAGAUAAUGUUAUUUGGGAAAUUCCAUCAUGGGGUAGCCAAGCCCUGUUAUUCAAGUUCAAAUCAAUACAAAACAUUACUUUAUCAGCAUAUUGAAAGUUGUUGUUACUUACACGUUACAAUAUUUCCCACGUCGUUUGAUUCUAUUUGUAGGCUCCUGGUCGCUGAGGAGGGGUAGAAAGUGUAAUUCUUUUGUUGAAGAAAUGGAUAUUGGAUACUGGAUAUUCAACAGAUAUUCCAGCUCUGAAUCACAGAAUCAUGCGGUAAAGAUGUGAUAAGAGUCCCGUCUGUCCAGCGGUGUGUACCUGCCCAGGAGGCGGAAGGGCAGAAGCACUCCACUCCUACAAAAAAAACAUACUCUUACCUAAACCUAAUAGCAUAUAUUGUAAAUGGAUAGCGCUUUUCUAACCAGUGGCCACUCAAAGCAUUACAAUAUUGCCAAACAUUCACCCACUCAUGCAAACAUAUGCACACCGACGGCGAUGAAAACCAUGCAAGGCGACAGCUAGCUUGUCUGGAGCAGUUAGGGUGAGGUGCCUUGCCUAGGGACACCUCGACACAUUACUUGCCGCAUAAUAAUAAAUAAGGUCUCUACCGGAUUACUGUUUUUGUGUGUUUCCCCGGAAGUUAGGAAACACACACGACUUAGUUGUCGUGCGACCAAAUGUAAUGGAUCUUAUGGUGCGUUCACAUCCCUGGAAAUUUUGGGUAAAACAUUUUCGUGCCGUCGGAAAGUUCUCGUGGACGACGCCUCACGACGCUCUUCUGAUUCUACUUCCGUUCGGCAACUGGGGCCAGAUUUGGAUAACAGAGUUGCCCAGUUGGUGACGUAUGGUUUACUAGUGACGCGCAUGAACAUGGCGGAACAUGAACGUUUUACUCAAUAUAGAAGAAUCAACCAUCAUAUCACAUACUUUACUAUUGAUUGACGUUGUAACCGUCCGUUGGCAUCGAUUUUGCUCAGUUUUAAACGUUGUGUACUGGUUUAGAACUUUAUUGGUCCUCAUGAAAAAUAACAUAAUGGGUAACACUGUUGUUUUUUAUCGAUCGUCAUGAAAAAAAACAAGGGGUAACACUGUCGUUUUUUAUUAGUCGUCAUGAAAAAAAACAUAAGGGGUAACACUGUCGUUUUUUAUUGGUCGUCAUGAAAAAAAACAUAAGGGGUAACAAUGUCGUUUUUUAUUGGUCGUCAUGAAAAAAAACAUAAGGGGUAACACCGUCGUUUUUUAUCGGUCGUCAUGAAAAAGAACAUAAGGGGUAACACUGUCGUUUUUUAUCGGUCGUAAUGAAAAAAAACAUAAGGGGUAACACUGUCGUUUUUUAUCGGUCGUCA